AUGGGGGCUGACGCCGCUGGCGGCGCAGAUGGUGGCGGCGGCGGAAGCGGCGGCGGCGGAAACGGCAGCGUCAGAAGCGCAGGCGGCUUCGGAGGCGGAAGCAGUGACGCCGCAGACAGUGGCUUCGAGGUCACCAAGGGGCAUCGCUGCACAAGCGGCUUCGGCUCCGAAGGCCUCCGGGGCUCAAGCGGUGGCGGCAGCGGCAUAAGCGUUGGCGUCGGCGGGGAUAGCAGUGGCAGCGGCUUCAGCGGCGGCACAAGUGGCGUCGGUGGCGGCGCAGGCGAUUUCAGCGGUGGAACCAGCAACGCCUCCGACGACGGCGUCAAGGGUGCAAGCGGCCUCGGCCAGCGACGUUGCAGACUGCGGCUUCGGCCGCGCAAGCGGCGGUGCAGACGGUGCUGGCUUCGACGGAACAAGCGGCAUCGGCGGCGGCGCAGGCAGUGUUGGCGGCCGAAGGGGCGGCGACACAGACGACGGUGCUGGCGGUGCAAGCAGCACUGGCGCAGACAGCUGGGCUGCACCAGCGGCGACCGCUUGGGCGUCCAAGGCUCAAGCGGCAGCGGCGGCGGCGGUAGCAGCGGUGGAGCACAUAGCGGCAUCAGCGCAGACUGCGUCGGCUGCACAAGCAGUGUUGGCGACUCAAGUGGCGGCUGUGGCGCAGAUGGCAGCAACGCAGAUGGAAGCGGCGGAGCGGCGGCUGGGGCUGUGCAAGCGGCCGCAGCGGGAGCUCGAGGGCCAGCAACUGAGGAAGGGCAGAGUUAUGGACAUGGGCAUGGACACUCCCGGUUCAGUGAAGGAAAUGAGCACCAGGCCAAACAGCAGAUAAAGCCUCGACAAUACGAAGUUACUUUAGACCAAAUCAAGAUGAAGAUUAAUAACCUUAAAAACGAAAACAGGGAUCUUGAAAAAAACAUAGCGAGUUGGGAGGAGAAGGCCAGGGAAGCAAAGAAGCAAGCAGAAACGAAGAGAGAACAUAAGCGUUCCCUUGCUGGAGUACGUAAAUUAAAAGCCCAAGAUGCACUGGUGGAUCAAGAGUUGAGAGCCUUGACAUCAAAAAACCAAGAACUGAAAGAAAGGAAAACAUUCCUGGAAGACCAGUGUAAUGCCCUGAGUUCUAAAGAAGCAGAAUUGAACCUGCUAAAGAAAAAAUUGGAUAUGGUGGUGGAGUUCUCUGAAAACCAAAAACUGACUGCAGAAGAGUAAGCCAUUGCUGUGUUGUCAUAGAUAUUGUUGUAUGAAUUUUCGUGGCGGCCAGUAUUUGGAUCUUCUGGAAUUGGAUCUUUGUGUACUUUUGCCAAAUGCAUUCUGUAGAAUUGUGCCUGCCCUUCCUGUCUUGAUUUGUGUAACCUGAAUUUUCCUUUCUGUUCUAAUGACUUGCCACAUGUUAUUGUGUGAUUCAUUGGGGAAGAAGGGGGAAGGUACCAGCAUUAAUCACUUUGAUACGUGGAUCCCCUCUGGAUCAGUCUACAUUUCCCUUUCAUUUUAACUCUCAUCACAUGCUCUGACCACUCCUGCAUUAGGUCCAUUUCUUGUUCAGUAUGAGACUUGGGUCCAGAACAUGGAGAGAAAAAUGGAAUUCUCUUCCUGCAGAAACAGGGAAAGUUUCUUUGUGGAAAGUGUGCUGGGGCUCCAGCAAUACUGGGUCCCUUUAUCUGGUGUACAACUGAGAUCAUUUGCUGCAGCCCAAUACCUUAGAAGGCCAGGGUAUU